UAUGUUGCCGUGAAGUUACUUUCCGUCUUUUCUUGAUAAUUCAUCUGUUGUACUUUACAGGAUGCUGAUUCAGAAAAGUCUGGCAACGAAGAGCAACCCGUGCAUGGUGUUGCUAGUGAUGAACACAUUUCUGAUGGCCAAUUAGCUGAAAAUGCAAUAUCAUCUUCACUAGUGGAGGCUCAACGCUGCAUGUCUUUGUAUUUCGCACUUUGCACCAAAAAGCAUUCCCUUCUUCGGCAAAUUUUCACAAUUUACAGAAGCAUUCCAAAGGAUGGAAAACAGGCAGUCCAUCGACAAAUACCAAUACUUAUUCGUACAAUUGGCUCCUCACCGGAAGUAAUUAGUAUCGUCUUAGAUCCACCUGCUGGAAGUGAGAGCCUUCUCAUGCAGGUUCUACAGACGCUCACUGAUGGAGCAGUUCCUUCGCAAGAUCUGAUUUCUUCCGUGAAGAAAUUAUACUAUUCCAAAAUGAAGGAUGUGGAGAUUCUUCUUCCUGUAUUGCCAUUCUUGUCCAAAGAUGCGAUUCUUCCUGUCUUCCCUAGCAUUGUAAAUCUUUCUCCAGAUAAGUUCCAAGUAGCCCUUGCUCGUUUGCUGCAGAGAUCACCACAUAAUAAUCCCCCUCUCACUCCUUCUGAAGUUUUAAUUGCUAUUCAUGGAAUAGAUCCCGAGAAAGACGGAAUACCUCUGAAAAAGGUUAUGGAUGCUUGCUCUGCUUGUUUUGAGCAGCGGCAGGUUUUCACCCAUCAGGUUCUGGCUAAGGUCUUGAAUCAGUUAGUUGAACAGAUACCUCUCCCAUUGUUAUUCAUGCGAACGGUUAUACAAGCAAUAGGUGCAUUCCCUUCCUUGGUAGACUUUGUAAUGGAGAUUAUGUCGCGGCUCAUAAGCAAGCAGAUAUGGAAAUAUCCAAAAUUAUGGGUGGGAUUCUUGAAAUGUGCUAUCCAGACAAAACCUCAGUCAUACAGUGUGCUCCUGCAGUUACCAGCUCCACAGCUAGAAAAUGCAUUGAACAGAAAUCCUGUGCUGAAGCCUCCCUUGAUUGAGCAUGCGAGCCAGCCAAGUAUACGUGCAGCUCUUCCAAGGUCCACUCUGGUGGUUUUGGGGCUCGUGCAAGAAUCACAAGCUUCUGGCCAGGCGCAGGCUAGCCAAAGCCAGGCUGCAGAAACUGGCAGUUCUGCUGCCGAUGGUGCACAAGAAGUUACCCAAGAAUCCGCUUCUGUCAGCUAAAAUCUUCUUUGUUCAGUGAUUUCGGAGGAUGCAAUGUGGUGUUAAACCAGAUGAGGGAUUUUGCUAUAAUUGCUGGCAGGCGUCUGUAUUUUAUCUGUAUUCUCUAGGAAAAAAACAUCUUCCCAAGUUGCUUGGUGGGGUUUACCUUCUCGGAAGAAUUUUUAGGUUGUAUACAACUAACAGUAGAAAAAUAUGAUUAGCCUAGCGACAUGUAAGUGUUAGUUGGAAACAGUAGGAAUUCCUUGGGCAAUUUUGGUCAUCGUUAGGUUUUGUAUAUAAGUACAAUGAAACAAUAAAUUCUAAGAAAAAGAAAAGGAACAUCCGGAGGAGGUGGGCAACGCUGUGCACUUAUCUUUUUAUUUUUCUCACUCUGGUUAAAAUGUGAUGGUGCUAAAUCUGAAUAUUAUUUAUGAGCUGUAAUCAUGUUGCUUGUAAAUCGUCCUACUGCGGGCUUUGGAUUUGAUCAGAAACACAAGGAAAUUGAUGGUACUUCCAUUAGGCCGAAGAAGUUUAA